CUCAUCAUGCUGCUCUGCCUCUACGAGAUCGUCGAUCACUGCGACCGACGCUGGAUUGUCCACCUGCAAGGCGCGAAGGACAUCAUCCGUCUCCGACGCCAGCAGCAACAGCGACAGGCCGACGCACUUCUCGCCCUCCCCACAGUUCCAAGCGACCCCGUCUCGAAAUUCGUCGAGCUAUUCUUCGCCUUCCAGGACGUGAUGGGCCGCACCGCCUGCGCGAAGGCCGAUCUGUUCGGACCCAGCUACUGGGCCGAGGGAGAUGUGACCAUCAACGACUGGAUGGGCUGCAGUCCCGCGCUGGUGUCAAUCCUGUUCGCGAUCAUGGACCUCAGCCGCCACCGCCGCCACAUGGUGUCCUCCGCGUCGGAGGAGCUGACCUUUCGCGCGCGCGCCUCGAACCUCCAACGUCGACUCGACGAUCUCGUCCAGAGCCCCGCCGUCGGGGGCGAAGACGAGACCCUCCGCCGCGUGGCCGAGCUCAAAAGACUGGCCUGCUCGGUCUAUAUCCAAUGUGCAUUACACGGGGCCCGGCCCUGCGAUCCCGCUGUCAAAGUCACCGUCCAGGAAAUCCUCGCGGGGCUGAGCGCGCUGGUCGCGCAGGGCUCCGCCAGCCAGGCGAUGAUGUGGCCGCUCUUCGUGGCGGCCGUCGAGCUGGAUCCUCUCGAUGACGUGGUGGUCGAGAACCCGAGUCGCAGCAUGGAGGCCGAGAACAGUGGCCGUCGACGGCUGGUCCUGCGGCUGCUGAUGGAGAUGGCCAAGAGGAGUGUGUCGAGCGUUGCGCGAAUGCGUGCGGUCAUUGAGGGCGUCUGGCAACGGCGGGACUUUCACCUGCACGCUGUGGAGGAUAGGAAGAUGGGUCUGUUCGCCGACUUGAAUGAUUGGGAGGUGUUUGUUGUGCCGGGAAGUGACGCGUUGAGCCUGGUCUGAG